GGAGGCGGCAUCAUCGGCUGCUGCACAGCCUACUUUCUCACUCGCCACCCCUCAUACAACCCAGACACACACCGCAUCACGCUUCUAGAAGCCUCGUCCACUAGCGCAGGCGGUGCGAGUGGCAAGGCCGGAGGGCUUCUUGCGCUGUGGGCUUUUCCGUCCAACAUUGUGCCUCUGAGCUUCAGGCUGCAUGAUGAAUUAUCCAAGGAGCAUGGUGGUGACAAGCGAUGGGGCUACCGCCGCUGUUUCGCGAGCCAGGUGGAGUGUCAGGCUCGUUUGCCGUCUGGACUCUUAAAGGACGACAAUAGUAGGGUCAGCAAAGAGGUGGCUGAUGCAAAAGACCAGGAUGAGGUCACCAAGGGCCUCCACAAGGAUCACCGCAAGAAGAUCAAGGCUCUUCAGAACCUUGGCGCACCAGAGGAUCUGGACUGGCUUGACACCGAGAAGUCGCUCGCCGCAUACGAAGGCAUGGGCACGCCGGACAACACUGCCCAGGUCCACCCAGAGCUCUUCACCCGCAGCAUGGCCCAGCUGGCCGAAGAAAAGGGCGUCAGGGUCAUCACGGGCGCUCGAGUGACAGCCGUCAACAAGAGCAAGGAUGGCCGCAAGGUAGAGAGCGUCACUUAUAUCAAGGACGGGAAGGAGGAGACGCAGCUCCCGACGACAGACUGUGUCGUAGCCGCUGGGCCAUGGACAUCUCGCCUGCUCCCCAACGUGCCCGUCACUGCCUCCCGCGCACAUAGCGUCGUCAUCAAGACGCCGAGACCAGUGUCGGCGUACGCCCUGUUCACAUCCAUUGCGCUCCCGCCGGGGUUCCCUGCACCGACGCCACCGAACGCGAGGGGCACGCCUGCGGCGCAAAUCCCCAUUAAGAAGACGCAGGUAGUAGAGCCGGAGAUCUACGCGAGGCCGGAUGGCACAGCCUAUGCCUGUGGUCCUACAGACUUGACGGUGCCGCUGCCCUUGACGACGGCGGAGGUCGAAGUUGAUAGGGCCCGGUGUGAGGAUAUCAUAAGCCAGGUGGGAGGCAUCAGUGAUGAGCUGGGGAGCGAUGGAGAGGUCCUUGCACGGCAGGCGUGUUAUUUGCCUCAGGGAGGGCCAUUUAUUGGUGAGGUGGGCGGCACUAAGGGCUUGCUUGUGGCAGCUGGUCAUACGUGCUGGGGAAUCCAGAAUGGCCCUGGCACGGGGAAGAUUGUUAGUGAGAUCAUUCUUGACGGUGAGGCAAAGAGUGCUAGACUGGGCAGCUGUGAC